GCACUGGGAUAACUUGAAUUAUAGUUGUAAACACUGAAUCCUGAUUGUCAUCUACAACUUCAUAUAAAGCAAGUUUAAAUUUAAAAAAUCAUUUAACCAUUCAAAAUUUGAAAUCGAACAAUAUCAUACCAUAUGUAUCAUCUAUUUUAUACGUGACGCUGGCAGAAUAUUUUGCGCUCAAAUAGCGUACACGCCAGAAAAGGGGAAAAAAUUAAAAUUUAAAAAGUAUGUAAACAUGAAAUUCUAUUUUAUUUCAAGGAAGCUUAUACCUAAAAUACGCUCAACUUCAUUAUGUCGUCUUCAUCCCAUAAUUAUACAAAGUGUAGCGACAUCAAACAAAGACGAAGCUGUGGAUUUAGCUUAUUCUUCAUACGAAUACGCUGAUAAGACUUCGACGAAGCCGCCGCUAGUUAUACUACAUGCUCUGUUAGGUUCAAAGAACAAUUGGAUAGAUGUCAGUAAAGCAAUUCAUGAAACAACUGGCAGAAGAGUGAUCAGUAUUGAUUCAAGAAAUCACGGUGAUAGCGCACAUUCACCCCAACAUACGUACUUUCAUAUGGCGCAUGACCUUAGCAAGCUGCUUGAACAGCUAGAAUUAACAAAAGUAUCUGUAUUCGGACAUAGUAUGGGCGGCCUUAAUGCUAUGGUGUUUUCACUUCUCUAUCCUGAUUUGGUAUCCAGCCUGAUAGUCGAAGACAUAUCACCAGUUAAAACAAGUCCUCAUAUAUUUACCAUAAUAGAUCUGUUGGAUGCUAUGGCUACUGUGUCUGUUAAGCCGGAUAUCCCAAUGUCCAAAGCAAUGGAACUGGUUGAUGAACAUUUGAAGUCAGUAACCCUGGAUAUCAAUAUACGAAACUAUUUAAUCUCAAACUUGGUUUAUAAUGAUAAUGGCUACACUUGGCAAGUUAAUAUACCAGCUCUGAAAGAAAAUUUUAAAGAGCAUAUUGCAAAUUUUCCAGAUAAUAUAAAAGGUUUACAGUAUGUCGGCCCAACUCUUUUCAUUGGAGGAUCUCUUUCAAAUUACAUUGGGCUAAAUGACCUACCAAAAAUACAAGAGUACUUCCCAUCAGCUCAACUGACUUAUAUCGAAGACGCUGGACAUUGGGUACAUAUUCAAAAGCCAGAUACAUUCCAUAAAGUUAUUUGUAAAUUCCUUGUAGAAAAUUAAUAUCAAUACAUAUGAACCAUAUAUUUCGUUAUUAAUAUAUCAUAUUAAAUAAGAAUAAAUGUUAUUAUAAUUAAUUAUAAAUAUUAUUGUAAAUAUAAUUAUAAAUAGAUGUGCUAUAAUAAUAAACUUAAGGUACAACUCUUGUUUUUUUUAAGUUAUUAAAAUUAAUAAACAUGUUGAUAAUAUAAA